AUGGCCACUGAUAGAUCUAAAUAUGGAAAUACUAUUUUACAUGAUGCAGCUAGUCAAGGAUCACUUGAUGUCAUGAAGUACCUCAUCAAUACUCAUCACUAUGAUCUAAUGACUAACAAUAGUGGUGAGACUGUUCUUCAUUUUGCUGUUAAAUUUAUAGAUGUUGAUGGGCAAACACCUCUUCAUUAUGCUGCCAGGAGGGGUACACCUGAAGUUAUUGAAUACUUUUUAUCUACUGGUAAUUGUGAUCCCUUGGCUAAAGAUUAUGAGGGGAAGACACCAUUACAACUAGCUAAAGGGAGGCAGGAUGACAGUGAUACUGUCAUUGCUAUCUUCAAAAAAAAUGCUGCAAAGGUAGACCCCUGUACUGCUGGCAUCAAGCCUUAUAAACUAGAACAUAUGGAGCUGGCAAUUAAGGAAGGAAGACCAUUUCUUGUGAGUGAUAAAGGGCAUAAAGAAUUGAAGGAGAUCUUACCUGAUGAAUCAUUAUUAAAUAUUAGUAACCUGUCACUAUUAGGAGGACGUGAUAUUAAGGAAGCCAUUGACAUAACUGAAGAAUUCAACACACCAUUGACUCCAGAGCCAACAAGUCAAAAUAAGAGCAGCUCAGCCUCAUCCUCUACACAGAUCAAUGAGUCUGAUCUUGAUAUUAAGGGAGAUGGAGGAGUAAAGUGUAAUAAUAAUAAAGAUAAAGGAACAACAACCAACACUUUGAAUGAAUCUCAGAAACAUGGAAGUACUUCAAUAGAGAAAGGACAGUCUGAUAUUGAUGUAGUUAAGAUCGACGAUAAACUUCAAGAAAUACGGACUGAUAAACUGCUUGAUAUUAGAGAUCUUGCUACAGUCAUUCAAGAAUUAACAUCAAAUCACCAGUUUGAUUAUACUAACUGGAAACAGUUAGGCCUGUACUUAGGAUUAUACCAACCUACACUAAAAGCGAUUGAAGUAAACUGCAGAGGACAAGUAUGGGAGUGUCUAAUGGAGUGUCUAUCUUCCUGGCUAAAGGGAGAGGAUGGAGUAAGAGAUACAAGAGGAGGUGGAUCAAACUGGAUAUCAUUAGUAGCAGCACUAGAUGCAAUAGGAGAGAGGGAGGUUGCUAAUAACAUUAGAAUAAAGUAUAAGCUAUAAACUAGCAGUAUAACAUACUGUACGAUCUAUCAUCUGGAGCCAUUCGACAAGCGUCCAUAACAAUAAAAUUACGAACAUUAAUUGGUAUCAAUAAUGUCUUGAUAUAUCAAGUUUGAUCCAAGAAAUCAUCUUAACUUGCAAAAA